AUGGGUGCGCACACGCUUCUCACCCCGGUUGUCAGCAAGAUCUUCUGCAGCUCCCUGCAGGCCGUGCUCCUGGGAGGAGUCGUCCAAGCGCUGAGCGUUCACAACCGGUGGAAAGGGUACCUCAUGGACUACGGCGAGCCGAGCAAGCCGGUGUUCAGCUUGCAGGACCCGAAGCCGGUGCUCAGCUGCGCGGCGGGCGACGUCCGGGUCACCGUCGAACCCAAGGGGAGGAAGCGGCACUGGGACUACGAGGUCACGGGAUCCUUCGCCCACAGGGCUUGCGCCGUCAAGAGCCGCACAGGCCACGUCGUAGCACAGAUUGGAGUGAAGGGGAUGAUGGCCGGCCGGGACUUCUACCAUGUGGUGGUGCAGCCGGGCUAUGACCAGGCCUUUGUGAUUGGCGUAAUUGCCAUCCUCGACAACAUGAAUGGGGAAUCCACAAGGUGUUAA